GUCGUGGAAACCUCACAGACCUCUUCCUGUUUUCCUCGUUAGAACAACAAAGCGUUGUGUUGUUAAACAGGGGGGGGGGUCAGUUACAAACGGGCUGAAACAAAGCUUCACUUCCUGGAGGACUUCCUGUGAGCAGACGCUCAAUGAGGCUUUGUUAGCAAACCGUUAUAUAAGAGGAGAAUAAGUCUGGACAUUUAACAAGUAUCUUUUUUUUAGGAGAAACAAACAAAUAAUUCAUACGUUUAAAAUAAUUUAGAAAGUCAUUUAAAAAAGACAUUUUUAUUUUAUGUUUUCUUUUCAUUCUCGAUGUUUCCACAUUUUUAUUCCUCAUAAUCUUUCUACAUGUAUUUAUUUAUAGUAUUUCAAACUUUGAAUUUGAUUUAUUCUUCUUGAUUUUAAGAUGUAUCUAUCGCUCAUAACACCCUCCCCUCUCAGAUAAUGCAUUGUCCCUCCUGAGCCUCCGUACGGCUCCUCCUCUCCCCCACCUCUGCCUUAUAAACUCUCCCGUCCUCGGGCCCCUGAGUCCUGAUGGAUCGUAUGAUGAAGCUGGAUCUGGGGGAGGUCUCUCUGGAUCUGUGGGGAUUCCUCCUGCUGCUGGGGGCCUCCCUGCUGUCCCUUGCCUCCCUCUUGGCCCCGUGGCUCUCGCUGGCCUCCAACCUGCUGCCGGCCGAGCGUUUUGAUCUUUCUCUGUGGGGGGGCUGUGUGGUGCAGGAGGGGGGCCCCCUGCAGUGCCGGCCCCACCCCGGGCUCCUGGCCCUGCCCUCCCACCUGCUCUGGGCUCGGGUCCUGACGGGGCUUUCGCUGGGUUCGGGGCUCCUGGCUCUGCUGCUGACGGCCCCCGGCCUGCAGGGGGUGCACAGCUGGGGGCCCCGACACAAAAGGGCCCUGCGGGGGGUGGGGGGGGCCCUCAGCCUGGUGGCGGGGCUCCUGGUUCUGGUCCCCGUGUGGCAUGUGGCCUGCCUCGCCACACUGAGCCGCUACGACCCCUCACUGCCCCCCGUGGCCCCCCGCUGGGAGGGUGCUGGGGCGCUGUACAGCGGCUGGGCGGCAGCUGGGAUGCACCUGGGGGCCGGAGCCCUGCUCAUCACUUCCUGUUACCGCAGAGGGGGCAAAGAGCGGACCCCGACCCCCAAGCGGGCCCCGUCAGGAGGACAGAGGAUGCUUGAACCCCGGCUGUCAGGAGGUCCGGCUACCACUGAACCCCCUCUUUCAGGAGGUCCGGCUACCACUGAACCCCCUCUUUCAGGAGGUCCGGCUACCACUGGACCCCCGCUUUCAGGAGGUCCGGCUACCACUGGACCCCCGCUUUCAGGAGGUCCGGCUACCACUGAACCCCCUCUUUCAGGAGGUCCGGCUACCACUGAACCCCCACUUUCAGGAGGUCCGGCUACCACUGGACCCCCUCUUUCAGGAGGUCCGGCUACCACUGGACCCCCGCGUUCAGGAGGUCGCUACCACUGAACCCCCGCUUUCAGGAGGUCGCUACCACUGAACCCCCGCUUUCAGGAGGUCCGGCUACCACUGAACCCCCGCUGUCAGGAGGUCCGGUGGUCGGGGCUGAAUCCACGAUUCUAAGUCAGUAAAACUUUCCCACUUGAAGCUCUUGAGACAACUCUUGUAAUCUGGUGACUCUUUAUCUUCCGUAGCUCGUCAGUUAUUUAAUCAGCCGAUUGAUUUCACUAACUCUAUUAGCGUUAGCCUCACAUAGCGCCUCAUUAGCAUAUUGAAGCAUGAGAAUUGGUUGUAUCAGCGAUGAACUGAUUUCACUUCUCUUCUUUAUAAUACGUCUUAAAAUAGUUUGGUUUCACUGUUCGGAUUUAUUUUAUGAAGUCAUUAUUCUUUAAAUGUAUUUAUUCACAUUUUUAUUUGAAAUCAUUUUCAAUCAGUCAGGAGCCAAAGAGACCAAACGUGCUGCUGUUUGUGCAAUAACAAAAGCAACAAAAGCAACUCGUACUCUUUAUUUAAACACGAUGGAGCUUAAGGGAGGAUUCAUUCUCAUUUAUAGACAUUGUGUUUUUUUCAAUGUAAUACUUAUUUGUUUUAUGUUUAAAAAAGAAGCUGCUGAUGUUUAAAAUCACUUCAAUCUCAGAGGAAUUAUUCUUUUCUUUUGAACCAGAUGAUUGUAAAUAAAGACGGUACAGAAUUAAAAACUGAUUCCUGAGGUUUUUUAAUUAUCAUUAUUGUCAUUUUAUUAUUAUAAAAGAACCAGAACCAAGCUCCGCAUCCUGAGGGAUAGGGCCUUUUCCUGUGCUGCCCCCAGGCUGUGGGACGCCCCCCGGACCACCUGAGGGCCCCACAGACUACAGAUGUUUUUAAAUGAAACCUCAAAACACAUCUUUUUAAAAAAGCAUUUUGCUAAACGUCUUUUAUAGGUUCUCCUUUUAACUAUUUGUUUUCCUGCUCUGGAGCACUUUGGGAUUGCUGGAAUGAAAGUGCAAUAAAAAUAAAAUGUAUGAUUAUUUUUCCAUCAAAAAGUACUUGUUUUAUUUAUGUAGCAUUAAAUGUUUAAUUAUUUCA